CUGGGUGACUACUGUGGACGACACCACGUUCCCGCGGAGCGUUUGAAAAACGCUUGAAAAGUGGGGAAAAUGCUAUAUUACUGACCAACGUGGUCUGCCGCAGAAUGAGUUCAAUUUUGCCUCUUCAAAGGCGCGUACAGCAGUGCCAGCAAUAACAGCCGUUUCGAAUCGUUGUGGCGAAUCGCAUACUCGCGUAGAACGUUUUUCCUGUUCAACAGGACAGGGCCACAAUAGUUUGGUGUGAUGUGCGCUUCUGAAUGGCUUGUGCAGGCUGCACUUAAUACGUGAAUCAAGUGACAAGCUUAAAGGAACGGUUAAAACGAUCAUAAAACAUCCUGUUCCUUUCUUUAACGGUAUUAUAUCGAGUAGAGUUCUGGACAGUACGAGAAAUUCGUUUCAUAUCAGUUUCGUGGAAAACGGACAAUAUCGUAUCCAUUCCAAGUGUAUCUUUAUCAUCACAGGACAGUGAGGCGGUUUCCACUAAACUACACACACCCCAGCAAUGUGGUACUUCGUGGCGUGUUGCGUUGUGCUGUUGCUGUUAUGGCUUCACCUAGACAAUUUAAAGCCAGCCAAUUUUCCUCCCGGUCCAAAAUGGUACCCGAUCGUGGGUAGUGCUCUCUCCAUCAUGAAUGCACGCAACAAGACUGGUAUGCUGUGCAAGGCGGUCGAGCACAUUGCUAACGAGUAUCCCGAUCAUCGCGGUGUAAUUGGCUUCAAGAUAGGCAAAGAUAAAGCCGUAAUGGCGAUUAAUGCGGAGUCGCUCAAGGAAAUGAUGAACAACGAAGACUUCGAUGGACGGCCCACCGGGAUAUUCUACGAAACGCGCACAUGGGGUCUUCGGCGUGGAGUUUUACUAACGGACGAACAGUUCUGGCAGGAGCAGCGUCGGUUCAUCGUACGGCAUCUGAAGGAGUUUGGAUUCGCCCGCAAAGGAAUGACGGAGAUCAUUCAGAAUGAAGCGGCCCAAAUACGGAAGGACUUUGGCGAGCUAAUUUCACAAGGCAACGGUAAAGCUACGGUGCAGAUGCAGGGUGCAUUUUCCGUGUACGUCCUGAACACACUCUGGUUGAUGAUGGCCGGUAUACGCUAUGGCAAGGAAAACAACGAUCUAAGAUAUUUGCAAUCGCUGCUACACGAACUGUUCACCAACAUCGACAUGAUGGGUGCGCUGUUUAGCCACUUCCCGUACCUUAGGUUUGUGGCACCAAGACUGUCCGGCUAUCAGCAGUUUGUCGAAAUUCAUGAAUGCAUGCACAAGUUCAUUGGUGCCGAGGUGGAGCGUCAUCAGAAAAACUUCAACCCAGACGACGAACCUCGCGAUCUGAUGGACGUCUACUUGCACACGCUUCAGAACAAUAACGCCCCAUCCGAUAGUUUCUCCCGCGAGCAACUGUUGGCCGUUUGUUUGGACAUGUUUAUUGCCGGUUCGGAAACGACCACCAAAACGCUUGACUUUGCGUUUCUGUACAUUGUGCGCAAUCCCCAGGUUAUGCGUAGGAUACAGGAUGAAAUUGACGAGAUCAUUGGUCGCGAUCGGCUGCCGACUUUGGAAGACCGGGCCAGCAUGCCGUAUUGCGAAGCUACAACGCUAGAAGGGCUUAGGUUGUUCAUGUCGAAUACGUUCGGUAUUCCACAUCGAGCACUGAAAGAUACCCAACUUUGUGGGUACAACAUUCCCAAGGACACGAUGCUCGUUGGCAUGUUCCGCGGCAUGAUGCUGGAUAAGAACUUGUGGGAAAAUCCAACCCAAUUCAAUCCUGAACGUUUUUUGAAGGACGGAAAAAUACACAUACCGGCUCAAUACCAUCCGUUUGGGGUCGGCAAACAUCGAUGCAUGGGCGAGCUAAUGGCAAAAAGUAAUCUCUUUUUGUUUUUGACAACAACGCUCCAAUCGUUCGACCUCCUGCUACCGGAGGGAGCAUCCAUUCCGUCGGACAUUCCGGUCGAUGGGGCCACGCCGAGUGUGCGCAAGUAUCACGUUAUCAUUCGUCCUCGUUAGAAAUCACGCAACACAUACAGGAAAUAUCGUGUCGAUAUUUUUGGUAAACUACCAUUCAGAGACCGCUCGAGCACAUACGACAAAAAGAUGCCUGAGCUCUGGUUUUAUAUUAUUUGCCCAUGCAAAACAGGGGGACAAAACCACCUUUAAUAAAUGGCCGUGUAGAUUUUUUAUCCUGUUUUUGUACAUUUUUGUCAAAUGCUUAUGUACUACAUACCUUUUAAGUAUCCGAAAGUAAAGCAUAAAGUUUGCCUUUUGUUUGGUCUUUGACAAUAAACCAAUUGGCACUGCACACAAAUUCGAUUUAACAGUUAAUUUCUUAAUAGUUACAAAGUAAUACAGGUAUAGUCCAGCACUAAUCAUUUAAAUCGUGUCAGAAACGUGACUUUCCUUGUUUUCUUUC